AUGGCUUUUUCCUUAGCAGCUUUUGAGGUUUCUCAUAACCUUUGUUAUGAUACCUCAUCUCAUAAUCAACUCAAAGAUCCUACGAGGCUCAGUACGAUUGAACUUACAGGAAAUAAUGAUUUUCCUCACACACCUGUAAGUCUAUCUUUUCCUGGAAGGAACUUCUCCUAUUUCUCUUGGAAUGAACCUGAUCUUUAUGUGGAGAGAACCAAUUUGUCUGAGUUAGGAAGCUACCAACCUAGCAAUCCUAUUGUCAAUUCCUUAGCUGCUCAGCUGCAGAACAAUGUGGGUUCUGAUCCAAGCCUAACCAAUGGUGUAAGCACAAGAAGGCCUUUACAUAGGAGCAAACAUACUCCCUACAAAUGUCCUAAGUGCCCCUGUGAAUUUGCAUUCUCUGAAAACCUGGAUGCUCAUAUGACAGAUCACUGUAGGAUAGAAGCUCAAACUAAUUUGAUGAUAAGUUCAGACUCUGCAUCUAGAUGGAUGAACUCUGACAGCCCCAUGGUUCAUUCACAAUUCACCUGGAAUCUAAAAGAUCUAGCAGGGACAGAAGCAUCAUGUUCAAAUUCUGAUGGAGAGACUUCCAACGAGGACGUUGAAAAAGAAGAAAGGGCUUGUGCGAAAGCAUUCCUGCUUGCAAAUAAUGCUGAAAAUGAAGGGCAGCCCACAGCUAAUUUGGAUACAGAAGAUGCUGUUUCGUCUAUUAUCAAGAGCAUCAAGGAAGUAGCCAUUUGA